ACCAGUUUCCCUUUCGUUCUCCAGCCAGCGCAGGUUUGCCUUCCCGGACCCGAGGGCUCAGGAGCUUGCGAGGUGAGGACGGCACCCGGACAUCAUGCUGGACCCGUCUUCCAGCGAAGAGGAGUCGGACGAAGGGGUAGAAGAGGAGAGACGCGAUGUGCUGGUGGCGGCCGGUGGCUCCCAGCGAAGCCUGCCCGCAGCUCCUCCCCGGGAAGGGCGGCGGGACCCUCCGGGGCGCCCGGGCUGCGGCACCACCGCCAGACCUGUCAGCCCGAGCCCCUCGGUGCUGAGCGAGGGGCGAGAGGAGCUGGAGCGGCAGCAACAGGAGGAAAACGAGAAGCGCAUCCGCCUGCAGCUCUAUGUCUUUGUGGUGAGGUGCAUCGCGUACCCGUUCAACGCCAAGCAGCCCACCGAUAUGGCCCGGAGACAGCAGAAGCUUAAUAAACAACAGUUGCAGAUAUUAAAAGAACGAUUUCUGGCCUUCCUUAAUGGGGAAACCCAAAUCGUAGCAGAUGAAGCAUUUUGUAAUGCAGUUCGAAGCUAUUAUGAGGUUUUCCUUAAGAGUGAUCGGGUAGCCAGAAUGGUUCACAGUGGAGGGUGUUCUGCUAAUGACUUCAGAGAUGUAUUCAAGAAAAACAUUGAGAAGAGGGUACGGAGUUUGCCAGAAAUUGAUGGUUUGAGCAAAGAGACAGUGCUGAGUUCAUGGAUAGCCAAAUAUGAUGCUAUCUAUAAAGGUGAAGAGGACCUGUGCAAACAGCCAAAUCGAAUGGCACUCAGUGCUGUGUCAGAACUUAUAUUGAGCAAGGAACAACUUUAUGAAAUGUUUCAGCAAAUCCUGGGUAUAAAAAAAUUGGAACACCAGCUGCUUUAUAAUGCAUGUCAGCUGGACAAUGCAGAUGAGCAAGCAGCCCAGAUCAGAAGGGAACUUGAUGGACGUCUACAAUUGGCAGAAAAGAUGGCAAAGGAAAGGAAAUUUCCCAAGUUUGUUGCAAAAGAAAUGGAAAACAUGUUCAUAGAAGAGAUGAGGUCUUCUGUGAAUUUGUUAAUGGCCAAUCUGGAAAGUCUUCCAGUAUCUAAAGGUGGUCCUGAGUUUAAGCUGCAGAAGUUAAAGCGAUCACAGAAUUCGGCUUUCUUAGAUAUGGGAGAUGAAAAUGAGAUUCAGCUCUCAAAAUCAGACGUGGUGCUGUCAUUCACAUUAGAGAUUGUCAUAAUGGAAGUUCAAGGCUUAAAAUCGGUUGCUCCAAAUCGAAUUGUUUAUUGCACAAUGGAAGUGGAAGGCGGAGAAAAACUUCAGACAGAUCAGGCUGAAGCCUCAAGGCCACAAUGGGGUACCCAAGGAGAUUUUACCACUACUCAUCCUCGACCUGUAGUUAAAGUAAAGCUCUUCACUGAAAGUACUGGAGUUCUAGCCCUUGAAGAUAAAGAAUUAGGAAGGGUAAUUUUGUAUCCAACUUCCAACAGCUCAAAGACAGCUGAAUUGCACAGAAUGGUCGUUCCAAAAAACAGCCAGGAUUCUGAUCUGAAAAUCAAAUUGGCCGUGAGAAUGGAUAAACCACCACAUAUGAAGCAUAGUGGAUAUUUAUAUGCCCUUGGACAAAAGGUUUGGAAAAGGUGGAAAAAACGAUACUUCGUUCUUGUUCAGGUCAGCCAGUACACCUUUGCUAUGUGCAGUUACAGAGAAAAGAAGUCUGAACCACAGGAGUUAAUGCAGCUUGAAGGCUAUACUGUGGACUACACAGAUCCACACUCAGGACUUCAGGGUGGCCAGAUGUUCUUUAAUGCUGUUAAAGAAGGAGAUACUGUAAUAUUUGCCAGCGACGAUGAUCAAGAUAGGAUAUUAUGGGUCCAGGCUAUGUACAGGGCAACAGGUCAGUCAUAUAAACCUAUUCCUGCAACUCAGACCCAGAAGCUGAAUCCCAAAGGAGGAACUGUCCAUGCAGAUGCUGCUCAGCUUUAUGCAGAUCGUUCUCAGAAACAUGGUAUGGAUGAGUUUAUUUCUGCUAAUCCCUGCAAGUUUGACCAUGCAUCCCUCUUUAGAUUACUUCAGAGACAGACUUUGGAUCAUAGACUGAACGAUUCCUACUCUUGUUUGGGCUGGUUUAGCCCUGGCCAAGUCUUUGUAUUAGAUGAGUACUGUGCUCGUUAUGGAGUAAGAGGCUGUCACAGACAUCUCUGCUACCUUACAGAAUUGAUGGAACAUUCAGAAGGCGGUGCUGUCAUUGACCCAACCCUGCUCCAUUACAGCUUUGCAUUCUGCGCCUCUCACGUGCACGGCAACAGACCUGAUGGAAUUGGAACCGUUUCAGUGGAAGAAAAAGAAAGAUUUGAAGAGAUUAAAGAAAGGCUGUCUUCCCUUUUAGAAAACCAAAUUAGCCAUUUCAGGUACUGCUUUCCCUUUGGACGGCCUGAAGGUGCUCUCAAAGCUACACUUUCAUUACUCGAAAGGGUUUUAAUGAAAGAUAUUGCCACUCCCAUACCAGCAGAAGAGGUGAAGAAAGUGGUCAGAAAGUGUCUAGAGAAGGCUGCCUUGAUCAAUUACACUAGACUUACAGAAUAUGCCAAAAUAGAAGGCCCAGCAGAAAAGGAAACAGAGAUCAUGAACCAAGUGGCUCCUGCUAGAAAGCUAGAGGAGGUCCUUCAUCUAGCAGAGCUCUGCAUAGAGGUAUUACAGCAAAAUGAAGAGCAUCAUUCAGAGGGAAGAGAGGCAUUUGCUUGGUGGCCAGAUCUGUUGGCCGAACAUGCAGAGAAAUUUUGGUCAUUAUUUACUGUGGACAUGGAUUCAGCACUAGAGGCUCAGCCACAAGAUUCUUGGGAUAGUUUUCCACUUUUCCAACUGCUAAAUAACUUCCUAAGAAAUGACACACUGUUGUGUAAUGGAAAAUUUCACAAACACUUGCAAGACAUCUUUGUUCCGUUGGUCGUCCGCUACGUGGAUCUCAUGGAAUCUUCCAUCGCCCAAUCCAUUCACAGGGGUUUUGAGCAAGAAACGUGGCAGCCUGUCAAGAACAUCGCCAACAGUCUUCCCAAUGUAGGUCUUCCAAAAGUUCCAAGUCUGCCUCUUAAUCUUCCGCAGAUACCUAGCUUUUCUACACCAUCCUGGAUGGCUUCUUUAUAUGAGUCCACCAAUGGAUCAGCCACUUCAGAAGACCUCUUUUGGAAACUAGAUGCACUGCAAAUGUUUGUCUUUGAUCUGCACUGGCCAGAACAAGAAUUUGCUCACCACUUAGAGCAAAGACUUAAACUCAUGGCCAGCGAUAUGAUCGAGGCCUGCGUCAGAAGAACAAGAAUUGCAUUUGAACUCAAGCUGCAAAAGGCCAGUAAAACAACCGACCUACGUAUUCCAGCAUCAGUAUGCACAAUGUUUAAUGUCUUAGUCGAUGCCAAAAAGCAAAGCACCAAACUCUGUGCCCUGGAUGGAGGACAAGAGCUUGGUAGUCAGUGGCAACAGUAUCAUUCCAAAAUAGAUGAUUUGAUUGAAGACACUGUAAAAGACAUCAUUUCACUUCUGGUUUCAAAGUUUGUUUCGGUGUUGGAAGGGGUGCUGUCUAAGCUGUCAAGGUAUGAUGAAGGCACUUUCUUCUCAUCCAUUCUGUCAUUCACUGUGAAAGCAGCUGCAAAAUAUGUUGAUGUUCCAAAACCAGGGAUGGAUUUAUCUGAUGCCUAUAUCAUGUUUGUCCGGCAAAACCAGGAUAUCCUUCGAGAAAAGGUCAAUGAGGAAAUGUAUAUAGAAAAGUUGUUUGAUCAAUGGUACAGCAGCUCCAUGAAAGUCAUUUCUGUGUGGUUGGCGGAUAGAUUAGACCUUCAGCUUCAUAUCUACCAACUGAAGACUCUCAUCAAAAUAGUGAAGAAAACAUACAGAGACUUCCGGUUACAAGGUGUAUUGGAGGGAACACUAAACAGUAAAACCUAUGAAGCUCUUCACAGCCGCUUGACAGUGGAAGAGGCCACAGCCUCUGUUUCUGAUGGAGGAGGACUUCAGGGCAUUACAAUGAAAGACAGCGAUGAGGAAGAAGAAGAAGGAUGAGAGCAAGUAGAUUCUCUAUUAGUGACUUAACGUUGUUAAUUUUGUAACUUGUCCUAGUAAUUAAAGUUAGGGAUUUGACCACAUAUAAAUAACUAUAUUUCAUUCCACUAUUUUAAAAAAUGAUUAUAGAAGCAGGAUUAAAAGGGGAAAAUGCCAAGGAUUUCAGGAGGGUAAAAUUAUCCUCUUCCUAUCCAGCUUGACACAGAGCUGAGUUUUGCUUUCAUUUGUAACUGAGAUAUGUACCUUUCAUUUCUUGAAUCUGACAUUUAUUUCUCUAUAUCCAUCGAAGUAUGUCUUGUGCAUAAAGCAAAAAUAUGUACCUCAAAUUGUGCCCAGAAGUCAUUCAUCACUGUGCCAAUUAUUCAGUGCCCUUGUUAAAAGAUGGUGUACUUUCAGAUGUAUAAUUUAUAUGUAAGUUUCCUGUUAUGUAGUUAAUUUGCCAUGUUGUGAUAUGUAUUCAAUGUUAACCCAGGUUCUUAGUGCUCUCAAUUGGUAUACAACUAUCUUUAGCAGCCUAAAAGGACUGCUAAACACACCUACAGAUUAGACUACUUUAUGGCCUUGUGUCUUAUCCAAUUCUGUACAUUCAUCUUGGCAAGUUUAAGGGAUUCCAGGGUGUGAGAUAGGGGAGCUGUCAUCAACACAUCAAACUUCUCUUUCUUUGUGUAAUAGCAGGAGCUUGCAGGCAAUAAGUCAUAAAAUGUAUCAUGAGUACUUCUGUAUUUAUCAAACUUUGUAUAGAUUGAAAAAGAAUUAAAAGAUGUUUUCAGUAUUUCAAACA